CCAAUCAAAAGCAAGAAGUCUGAAGCAGUGUGCGAUUCGGAACUUUGACUGACAAGCCGUUUGCCCCACAACGAUUCGUAAAGGUUCCGAACUUCGAACUUUGUAAGCAGUAUUUCCAAUGCGAAGUUUUCAGUCGCGGGCGAUGUUUUGAUGUCUCAGCAAGCUCAAUCCAAGUGAUUAUGCCCUGUUCAAUGCCUUCCCACCUCAUCCAGUGGCCUUACUGGGCUUGAGACACCGCUCUGGCACAUCUACUGCUUCCUCUUGAUGCCGAACCUCCUCCACUACCAGAUGUUGGAUGGCUUUCUGAUGGAGACAUGUGUGGACUCAGUCGAGUCAGCCAUAAAUGCAGAAAGGGGAGGUGCUGGUCGUAUUGAACUCUGCUCUAACUUGCUGGAGGGAGGAACGACGCCCAGCACAGGUCUGUUGCAGGUCGUCAAAGAGAACGUGAAGAUUCCAGUGUAUGUUAUGAUUCGUCCUCGUGGUGGGGAUUUCCUGUAUUCAGACUGGGAGCUUGAGGUGAUGAAGAGAGACAUUGAGCAGAUGAAGAAUCAUGAGGCAGAUGGACUAGUAUUUGGAGUGCUGACAGAAGACGGACAUGUGGAUUCUGAGCUUUGCAUGGAUCUUCUGGCAGCAUCUCGUCCUCUGCCAGUUACAUUUCACAGAGCAUUUGAUAUGGUCCUUGAUCCAGUGGUUGCACUAGAAACGCUGGUCUCCCUGGGCUUUGAAAGGAUUUUGACCAGUGGUUGUGACAGCUCUGCACUGGAAGGUUUACCAGUAAUUAAACGACUAGUGGAACAGGCAAAAGGCAGAAUAGUCAUAAUGCCAGGAGGUGGAAUCACUGAACGGAAUCUUCAGAGGAUUCUUGAAGGUUCUGGGGUGCAAGAGUUCCAUUGUUCGGCUCGCUCCAGUAGGGACUCCACUAUGAAAUACAGAAUAACCAUCCAACAAUGGAUCCAGCAGCAGCAUGGCCACCAGCAAUGUGCCUACUUAUGCUUCUGCUCCCUUAAAGACUACACCCACGGUGGCUUCAGCCCACAAGUCCGCUCCAGGGGGCGCUUUCGUACAUGAAUCCACUCCAGAGGCCACUUCAGCCCAUGAGUCCCCUUGACUCAGCCAAGAUGGCGGUUCCUGAGUCCCCUGUGUUACCUGUCUCAUCCAAGAUGGCCGUUCUCGAGUUCCCUGUACUCCCUGACUCUGCAAAAGGGGAUGUUUUAGAGCCUUAUGAACUCUCAGAAUCAACCAAAAUGGCCGCCUCUGAACUUCCUGUGCUCCUUUCCACUGCCAAGAUGGUUGCCCCUGAGCUUCCUGCCAUGUUCAAGAUGGCCAACCUGGUCUCUCCUGUGUCCAGGCCUUCGACACCACCGGCUCCUCCUUGGUCACCACCUCUGCCCUGGCCUCUUACACAUAUGGCUCCUACCUGGUUCCCAGUUCCUCCCUGGCCCCUGACACCACCGGCUCCGCCCUAGUUUCCGCCUACUUAGGCUCCAUACUGCUGCCCUGCUGCUCUGCCGCCGGAUCCGCCCUGCUGCUCCGCUGCUCCUCCCUGGUGCCCUGCUGCUUUUUAGAAUGAAACACUUUUAAUUACUACUUCAUACUUGUUUUAAUGCCUGACAACAGACACAGAAAAUGAUGUCAAUGAGAACAGCUUUAUUGGGAACACUGCUGUUUUUAAAUAAAGUAUGUGACAGUUCAGAAGGGAAAAGUCCCAGCACUAGUCUGAUUCUAAACACAAAUGUAAUGUGAUGACAUCACAAAUAUCGAAAUAUGGUAAUUAGUACAUCAAGAAUCAUAUCAAAUAGUGAUCUAAAAAAAAUGUAUUUGAUUCGAGUCGUGAGGUACCAAAUUAUUCCCAGAACUAAUAUUUGUACUAAAAACGUGCCAAAAAUACUUUGAAGUUAAUUUUUUGGGAGUUCAGGUUUGAUCCACUUUGUUUCUCUCCUAUGUACACGGCCACACUUGUGUAAACACAAGAUUUUUUAACACACACACAGAACAGACAUCUAGCACAGGGGUUCCCAAACUUUAGCAAUCCUGGACCCAUUGACAAAAGUGUUUGUUUAGGUUUUGAUUUAAAUUUUGAACAGAAAUCAUUUACUGCACCUUAACACUCACCCAGUAGACACUACCAGGAGGUCAAUUAAUUGGGGGCUUGGUUAUUACAGCGUUUCCCCAUACUAGCGGAGGAAAUGAAGUUGAUUUUUUUGUAGCGAAUUCAAUAUUAUUGCAGAAUAUUUACUGCUUACAGACUGUGCUUCUAGUACAUUUGUGUUGUUUCUGAUAUCUUCUCUAGAAAUCCAAAUGUGAGUAUGGGAGGCUCUCUGUCUGUACCAGAAUAUGCUAUAAAAGUGGCAGAUGGGACAAAAGUGCGCACAUUGAAUGCCAUUGCGAAGAACACUCUCUGAAUAUCC